UUCAGCUUCUCCACCAAUGGCUAAACCCUCCGCCUCUACAAUCAUCGUCGCGCAAAACGUCCAACAAUGCUGAGCUGCAGGUCAAUGCUUUAUCAAACCAUAAAGAAAAAGAAAAAGAACAAACGCAAAAACGAAAACAAGAUUGCUGCAAAUAGAGCUGUUUCCAGAAAGCAAAGUUCCAUUUCCAAAAACAAUGAAUCGCCAUACCAGGAGUAUGAAGAAGAAGAAGAUACUGGAGAAGGUUUUAGCCUUAAGACCUCAGCUCCUCCAUCACACACUCAUGGGGUUCAACCACUGGGCAAUCUCUACCUCAACCCAGGUUUUAUAAACUCCAGAAAUACUGGCUUAGGUAACCUCCAAACCCUUACUGAUGAGCUUGUUCUUGACAUCCUAGGCCUCCUGGACGGAACCCACUUGGGUGUCUUGGCCACGGUUAGCAAAUCUUUCUAUGUUUUCACUAACCAUGAACCACUCUGGAGGAACCUUGUUCUGGAAAAUCUAAAUGGUGGUUUUUCCUAUAAUGGGUCUUGGAAAUCUACUUAUAUUGCCGCUUCUUACCCUUCAUUCGAGGUUUCGGAUAUUUGUGUUUCCCGUUUGAGGGUGAGGGAUUUUUAUUCUGAUUAUCUUUUCCAGAGUUGGCUCUGUGCUAAUCUUGAAAUGAAACCUGAGUGGCUUGAAAGAGAUAAUAUAAUACGAAGGAAAGGCAUUUCGGUUGAAGAAUUCGUGUUGAAUUUCGAGGAACCAAAUAAGCCGGUUUUGCUGGAAGGGUGUUUGGAUAAUUGGGUUGCACCCAAAAAAUGGGACACAGAUUAUUUGGUUCGAUUGUGUGGUGAUGUUCGAUUUGCAGUAGGACCGGUGGAGAUGAAGCUUGAGGAGUACUUUAAGUACUCGGAUCAGACGAGGGAAGAAAGGCCAUUGUAUUUGUUUGACCCAAAAUUUGCAGAAAAAGUUCCAAAAUUGGGUUCAGAAUAUGAAGUUCCAGUGUACUUUGGGGAGGAUUUGUUCAAUGUUUUGGGUAAUGAGAGGCCAGAUUAUAGGUGGAUUAUAAUUGGACCCGCUGGGUCUGGUUCAUCGUUCCACAUUGAUCCCAAUUCCACAUCAGCUUGGAAUGCAGUUAUCAAGGGUUCCAAGAAGUGGGUCUUGUUUCCUCCUGAUGUGGUUCCACCUGGGGUGCACCCAAGCCCAGAUGGUGCUGAGGUAGCAUGUCCUGUUUCAAUCAUUGAGUGGUUCAUGAACUUCUAUGGUGCAACAAAAACUUGGAAAAAGAAACCUAUUGAGUGCAUCUGUAGGGCUGGGGAGGUGAUCUUUGUGCCUAAUGGAUGGUGGCAUUUGGUGAUUAACCUGGAGGAGUCCAUUGCCAUUACACAGAAUUAUGUUAGCAGGAGGAAUUUGUUGAAUGUCUUGGACUUUCUUAAGAGGCCAAACGCAAACACACUGGUAUCUGGAACAAGAGACCGAGUGAAUUUGUAUGACAAGUUUAAGAAUGCCAUUGAAACUUCUUUCCCCGGAACCUUGGAGCAGUUGGUGCAGGAAGCAGAGGAGAAAAGGGCACAGCAAAAACUUUCCUUUUGGGACACAGUAACAGAUUCCAAGGUGGGGGCUUUCAAGUUCUCUUUCUAGACACACAUGAAGACCACAGCGGUGUCCGCAAACCAGACGAAUACUCCGGAGUGGCAGCAUACUUUUUGGGGUAUAUCAAUCUCGGUUGUUGCUUCUAACUUCCUAGAUUUGUACCAUUCAAACAGUUUUGAAUUUGAUUUACUUGACAUCAUCAUUGUACUCGAUUUUUUGAAACAAUAGAAAUGCUUUUACAAGUC